GAAUGUGGAACACUUUUAAGAGACAAAAGAGUGGAAAAAGUCGACGAGCAGCGCCGAGCUCCGCGGUGAGUCGGUGAGGUUUGGAGGCUCCAUGAAAAAAAUAAAAACACCACCAGAGCUCAGCAUGAGCUGAACAUAAAGGAAAGCCAGUCCGCUAUGUGCCCCUUCAGUUUCAACCCUCAUAUCUGCUCCAAAAGACGUUUAUUCCUCUUGAAUGUGUCCAGAGAAAACACAAGCAGCGACAUUCUGCCCGUACACAGGAGAGAGCCGGGCUGGGCUGAGUCUCUACGGUUCUCAUGGUGUGUUUAAGUGCCGCCUCCUGCUCCGAGUUUUUCAUCACUGCAGUCUGACUCUGGUUGACUAGCGACAAACGACAGGAAGGAAAAUGGCAGAAGUAGCUCCAGCUCCAGCUCCGGCUCCCGCUCCAGCUCCGGCUAAAGCCGUCAAGAAGAAGGCGUCCAAACCGAAAAAGGUGGGUCCCACCGUCAGCGAGCUGAUCGUUAAAUCUGUGGCCGCUUCCAAGGAGCGGAGCGGCGUCUCUGCAGCCGCCCUCAAGAAGGCUCUGGCUGCCGGCGGCUACGACGUGGACAAGAACAAGGCCCGCGUCAAGACCGCCAUCAAGAGCCUGGUGACCAAGGGGACUUUGGUUCAGACCAAGGGAACCGGGGCCUCCGGAUCCUUCAAGAUCAACAAGAAGGCUGAAAGCAAGGCCAAGAAGCCCGUCAAGAAAGUUGCUACUAAAGCCAAGAAGCCCGCAGCGGCCGCUAAAAAGUCUCCCAAGAAAGCCAAGAAGCCCGCAGCAGCUGCUAAGAAAUCUCCCAAGAAAGUCAAGAAACCAGCAGCGGUAAAGAAAGCAGCCAAGAGCCCCAAGAAAGCUACAAAGAGUCCUAAGAAGGCUGCCAAGAGCCCCAAGAAGGUGGUCAAGAAGGCCCCUGCAGCCAAGAAGGCCCCCGCCAAGAAGGUAGCCAAGCCUAAAGUCAAGAAGGCAGCACCCAAGAAGAAACACGGCGUGCUUGGCCAGCUCACCGGGCAGCAGGAGUCGGACGGCGGUCUGGAUCUCCCUGGAGGUGAUGGUGGAGCGCUUGUUGUAGUGCGCAAGACGAGAGGACUCACCGGCGAUACGCUCAAAGAUGUCGCUGACGAACGAGUUCAUGAUGCUCAUGGCCUUGGAGGAGAUACCGGUGUCAGGGUGGACCUGCUUCAACACCUUGUACACAUAGAUGGCGUAGCUCUCCUUCCUGGUCUUUCUCUUCUUCUUGCCGGUCUUAGACACGCUCUUGGAGACGGCUUUCUUGGAGCCCUUCUUGGGCGCUUUCACUGGAUCAGGCAUGAUUAAACGUUUAAGUUUCUCAAACGAAUAAAGUCCAGCGUAUAGAACAGCCAUUUAUAUCCGCUUUAUACAAAUAUAGCUGUGCUGUUGCUCACAAACGAUUGGUUAGUUUCACAGUGAGACUGAGCAUGCGCAGUAUAACGGUUGUUGCCGCCCUGACCAGUUUUGAAAUGUGAAACUCAACCACAGUAAAAUUAUAAUGAAUAUACUCAUUAAAAUAAGACUUAUCCACAAAUGUAAUAAAAAAGCAGAUUUUAUCUUCACAAAAAAAAACUUCAAAUAAGUCUGUUUUUGUCUGUAAACUAAAUGUUUUACCCAAAAAGACAAAAUAAUUGUAUUCUCAUUUCAAUAUAUAUAUAUAUGCCCUAUGUUGUUUUCUACCUGUACAAUGAGUAUCAAUUUCUAACAACAGUAACAAUCAUGAGAACUAGAGAAACUAGUGUAUUAAUCAACAAUAUUAUUUGCAAAGACAACAUCUCAUCUUCCAUACCACUUAAUCCUGCACUAGCCUAUCCUAGCCAGCAUUGGGUGAAGGCGGGGUACACCCUGGACAGGUCGCCAGCCUAUUGCAACCUAACACAUAGACAGACAACCA